GACGCAUCAUCUAAAUGCUUUGACAACAACGGGGGACAGUGGCAAAAACAUCGACCUGCCUGUUAUUUUUUUCCCCCGGGGAGUAAGAUAUUACAUGAUCGUACUGCUGGAAUUCACAUCAAAAGGUCAGGCAAAUGAAGUGACCUACAGGAUAUGAUGUCCUCGUUCCAGGUGGUGGACUCAUCUCCCGGCAGCAGUGUUAGCAUCAUGGAAACAUCUAACUUUGCCCAUGUCAUCUUCCAGAAUGUGGGAAAGAGUUUCCUUCCCCAAGCACCACUGGAGUGUCGUUACACGCUAACCCCGUACAUCACUCCCCACCCCAAAGAUUGGGUGGGCAUCUUCAAGGUGGGCUGGAGCACGGCGAGGGAUUAUUACACUUUUCUCUGGUCACCCAUGCCUGAUAACUAUGAGCCAGGGAGCACUGUACACAGGACCGUGGUUUUCCAAGGCUAUUAUGUUCCUAAAUCUGACGGAGAGUUCUACCAGUUCUGUUAUGUCACGCACACUGGUGACAUCAGAGGAGCCAGCACACCUUUCCUGUUCAGGUCAGCCACACCGACCGAAGAGCUGCUGACUGUUACUGAGGAUGACAGCAACUCCGACAUCCUAGUUGUCACCACCAAGACUGGCCUUCUGGAGCGCGUGGAGGAGGCACAGCAAGAGCGCAGGGAGCUGUUGAAGGCCAUGCGCCUCCUGCAGGAGGAAAAGCAGCUGCUGCAAGAGGAGCAGAAAAGACUGGCCAGGGAGAGGGAGCAGGAGAGAGAGACCUGCUGUCUGCUGAGGACCCACAACCAGGAGCUGCUGCGCUCAUCACAGGGCCUGUCAGAGGAGCGAGAGGAGGUGAGGAGGAGGCUGAAAGAGGCCACAGACCGGGUCCGUCAGCUGGAGGAGGACCUGCUGGGAGUCACCCAGAGGGGCCUGCAGAAAGAAACGGAGCUGGAUUGUUUGCGCGACCGUCUCAAUAAGUUGACAGCAGAGAGAGACAGUUUGGAGAGUCAGCUGAAGAAUGAGAAGGAUGAGAGAGACCUCUACAAGGCCCACCUGCGUAGCACAGAGCUGGAGAACACCAAGCUAAGUGCGGAGCUGCAGAUGUUGAAGGCAGUGGAGCUGAACCGGGAGGUGACCAUCGCCCAGUUCCAGGAAGAACUGGAUCGGCUCAGGGCUUGCGUGGCCCAAAGAGAUAGCCUGGAGAAGGAGCUGCUGGCACACCAGGCUGACAAGGCCGAGCUCGUCCGUGUGCGUGAGCAGCUUCGUCAGGCCGAGGAGCAGCUCCAGGCUUCCCGGCAGCAGGCUUCCCUACUGGCAUCAGAACUCCGCGACUCGACCAAUGCUCGUGACCGCAGCAUGACCGAGCUGUACCGCGCUCGCCUGGAGGCUGACAAGUUGCGUACCAGCCUGGCCGACGCACAGGCGGAGUGCCAACGCAUGGAGAACCAAUUGGACCGCAUGAGGAGCACCGCGCAGAAGGAGGUGGGCGUAGGGACGUGUGGAGAGGCUGGCCCCAGUGUAGUGGUGGUGUCUGAGGCAGAGGCCGAGCUCCAGAGGGAGGUGGAGGAGCUGAAGCUUCGCCUCCACAUGGCUGCCGAGCACUACAAGGAGAAGUACAGGGAGUGCCAGCGCCUCCGCAAGCAGGUGGCCAAAUUCAGUGAGGCACAAGGGGAGCCGAAGAGGAAUGCAGCAACUGCGACUACACAGGAGUCACUGGCCCCCAGUCCAGAGUCACCCACAGCAGGAGACAUUGCUGCCGCUGUCCUACAGGAAGCUGCCAAAGUGACAGUCGCUCCAGAACUCAGCGACAGGCAGCCCUCACACUCCGACACACACGCCACUGCACAGGAGGACAGGCAGGGCAGAGCACAGGAACCAACAAAGGAGGGGAUCAUAGCAGAGGCGGGUAACUUGGCGACCGGAGGAGAGGAUGAGGGGAAAGAUCCAAAUUCAGAAAAAGAUGAUAAGAGAGAGAGCCUGCCGGAGGAGAGCCUGAGGAUGGCCAGCUGGGUGGAGGUGGAGAGCGAGAGGCAAAGCACACUGGGGAGCAGCAGGGGGGAAGAGGAGCUCCGAGAGGCUGACAAAGAGGCGGACAGCAACAAGACAGAGGAGAGGAACAUGGAGCAGGCGGAGAAAGAGCAGACGCGCUCGGUGGAGGAGGAGCUGGCGAUGAUAGAGGAGAAGUGGAGGGAGCAGUGUGCCAUCAAUGAGACACUUAAACAGCGGCUGGCUGAAGAAGAGGAGCGCUUCAGGGUGCAGAUGGCAGAGCGAGCCAGCGAGGUGACGGAGUUGAAACUGACCCUUGCCAAGGCCCUACGAGAUAAAGAGCAACUGCAGGAGGAGCUCCAGCAGUAUGUGUCCAGACAGAGGGAGCAGGAGGCCGAGGCCCAGAGCACAGAAGUCAGACAGCCCGUUGUGCUGCGCUACCCCCUGCCAUAUCCACAGGACCCCUCCCCUCCUCCGCUGGUACCACACAGACCUGCCGAGCUGCAAUAUGGCAACCCCUACUCCACCGAAAACACACGAGACGGUGCAGAUGGUGCGCUGUCCCCCGAGCAGGUAUCUCGCCCUCCCCCUGAGGCCCCGCCCUGUGCCCCUGCCUGUGCACCCCCUGCCAUCACUCCCCCGGGCCAUGUAGUUAGUCCUGGUCCUGGGGCCGUAGCCUGGGAUAGAGAGGUCGUCUGCAUCCAGCCCUCUCGCAGCAUGAGCCCCCCCGAUGGUCUGGAGAACCCGCCAGAGGAGACCCGCAAUGUGGGUGACGGAGCUCAACCAGCCUGUGAUCAACAGUCAAACAGACGCAGUGAGGCCAGGAGCAGUUUCUGUUUCGACUCCAGCAGCGAUGUCCAUAAGCGCUGCCCACUGUGCGAGGUGAUCUUUCCGCCCCACUUUGAGCAGCGCAGCUUCGAACAGCAUGUGGAGAGCCACUGGAAGGUUUGCCCUGUCUGUUCUGAGCAGUUCCCCCUCAACUGCCAGCAGCAGCUGUUCGAGAGGCAUGUCCUCACGCACUUCGAUGGCCAUGUGCUCAAUUUCGACCAGAUCGAUUAGUAAGGGGGAGCUUGGGAAGGGGGUGGAGGGGGGGGGACGUAGCCAUCAGAUUUAGGGACGGGGCAAAUUCUUAAGCUGAAUUUAUUUGACAAGCUGUGGUCUUCAGCUUCUGGUUUGUGUGGAACGGGUAUUUUGAAGCCAGGGUUCGAGUCAGUAGCUCCGUUAGCAAACAAUCAUUAGUACUGGUAUCGCAUUCUCGGCAAAGCCCGGAAACGAUCUAGACCCCUGAGAGGAAAGGGGUGUUUGUCUUUUAGUGGCUCCACUCCCAAGGCACUCAUUAUGUUUUGAUGUGAUGGGCUCACAAUGAAAUGCAAGGGAACAUUAGUAAUAGGGGAUAAUACAAGGCUGCCAUGGCUGUUCCUUUCUUUUCUUUUACUUUAAAUGCUCAUUUGUGCUUGGAGGAAUUAUAGCAUCACCGUUACUGCAUGCAUAUGUAGUGCGUUUAAUACAACUCAUGACUGCAAAAAUUUACAACUCUGAGGGGAAGAGGACAGCGCAAGAGCGUGAACCAGGGCUUUGAAAAUCUGCACCAGGUGUGCACCGCUCUACCAUGCCCUUGUGAACCUCUGUUGGACUGAGUGUAACUCAAGAAUUCCUAUUGAAAAUAAGGAUUCGCCUGUGAAAAACUGCUGUCAGUCACUCUUGUGAGACAACGUUUCAUUAUUUGAUCGUCGGUGUUUUUCAAAGCUGCACAAGAGCUGACAUUGAAGAGCUCGGGUAGAGGGUAGAGUUAAAAAAUUACCCGCUAAACCCAAAUCCAGAAUUAUAUCUAUCCAAAUGGGCUAUAGGAGGUGUCUGAUUCUGUAUCUGUGUUUCGAAGUGUAAAGAGAAGGGAGUUUGAGGAGGGAAGGGGGAUGGAGAAGGCUACGGGCAUUUUAAUAACUUUUGAAUGGGAGGUGAUCUUGGAUUUCUCCCAGGCCGCUCACUGCACUACUGUAUGCGAUGAGGAUAUCCUGUUGCAGGCAGACGUCAGGCGAGAGGAGCACAACUCCCCCCCCCCCCCCCAUCUAUCUGCACUAAAUAAGGCUUUAUUCUGAAUGUACUGUAUAUAUGAAAAGAAGUAUAAAUUAUGGAGAGUCCUGUGUGAUCUGCUGUUGUGACCCCUGCCUCCCCUCAGUGUAUUCCCCCUCCAUGUUUUGGGUAAUGACAGAAUGAUUUCUGGUGUACACUUCCUGGUCUUUGUUCAGCGGAUGAGAAUCUGGACUGGUGUCUUCAUCUGAGUGUAGAGGUAUUUUAAUGUACAAGGCAAAUGCACUGCUAGACUCUUAGUUAUGGACACUUUGACUGUACUUUCAUGUUUUAAAGUUAGAACUGUGAUAAAUAUUUUUUUUUCCUUGUGUGUGUGGGUCCAUGUCAAACCCAAGGACGUGUGUAUUUGUAUUUGUGUGUGUGUGUGUGUGUGUGCAUACACAUGUUCACUACUCUGAUAAGAGUAUUCUCCGUCCUGCUGCUGGUCUUAUAUUUUUUUCUGCCACUUCAAAGUGAUCACUGACAGUGUUGUAUUCAGGCUUUAUAGAAAUGACACACACACACUAAAUUCACCAGUCAACUUUGUGUAUGUCAUGUCUCCCAAUGCAGCCCUUCUCACGUGAGGAUGUGGGGACGGUGGUUUACGAGUGUAUUGCAAAGAUCUUUAUGAAUAAAUUAUGCUCGUCUAAAUGCAUUUCAUAUGAAUCCGGUCCAUCAUUUUGUCUCCAAGGGUUCACCCCACCCCACCCCACCUCCACCACACGCACGCACACACACAAUGGAAGGAUAACAGUCAACCUUUCUGAGCUACAAGGUUUUUUACUUUUAUUUUGCUGUUUUUAUGUUUUUAUUUAUUAAAAGUUUCCUGUUUACAUUUAAGAAUCAGCUUCUUUUUUUUUCAUAUAGAAAGACAGUUCGACAUCUUUACAAGUCACUCUUUUCAUAACCUGUUGUCCCCUGCAUACAAAAAAGGAAACAUUGGUCUCCACGUUACAUAUGAAAAUAUAAUUUAAAAGCACUUGACAACAAACUUACAUUACAAUACAUUCACUGUACACAGUAUACUGGACCCCCCCCCCCCCGCGCGCGUGCGCAUCUCCUCCCUCCACACACAACCUCUGCUUCUCCUCUCCCAUGUGUUAAUACUGCGAGUGGCACUCUUGAAUGCUGUAGCUGAUCUGUUACCGUGGCAACGGUGGUCUCCUUGGAGCAGGGAUUUUUUUUCUUUUUUUUUUACAAGCAUUCGACAGACCCUGACUUGGAGACUCUCAGUCUCGGCCCGUCUCCACCAGUCUCUGUGCUCUGAUACCGGAGCCAAGCCAGGGGUGGAAUUGUGUGUGUGGGUGAGGGUGUGUGUGUGGGGUGGGGUGGGGUGGGGUGGAGGGGGGGUGCAGGCUAGUCAACAACCGGCCUUUUUUAAGAUCUUAACUAAGCAGUGACUGAAAGUUUACUUUCAUCAAUGGAAAUGUAGUUAGAGACGUGUCUGCCACUCCAUUUGUGCUUGUGAAUUUUGCGUAACACCUAAUGGACCGAUGGGUCUCUGCUGCCAUGCCGUCUCUUGAGGUUGCCAUGGUAACAGCAGACCGGAGGAGUGGAGGGUGCAUGCGGAUGAAAGGUUAAUGAGCCCACCAAAAUGAACACAUGACAAAUUCUCGGACGUCCAACAUUUGACAAAAUCAAAACUUGGUGCAUGAUGGGAGAAUGACAUCAUGAAUGGGUCUUGGCAGGGAUGCCCCACCACGCCUUCGUUUUUCUAGAGGCAAUAUAUGAUGAGAUCCCAGUUAGGGGUAACAAGUUGGCCACCGCAACACAACAUGAUGCAACGCCAUCCUCUUCUCUCCUGCUCCACGGGAGUUACAACAUCAGCCUGGCACAGAAACAUGACAGAUCAGAGUACUAAGUAGCACUAGAAUGCAGAGAAGAUGUAAUACUAUAAAUCUGAUGACUUGGACACUGCAAAAAAAAAACCUUUACUACAAAGUAACACGCUCACGCAAUAUUAUGCACACACACACACACACACACACAUACAAACAAUGUAGUGGAAUGCUGCGGUCUACAACGCACACAGACAAAAAGGUAGU